CGAGCGAUGACCGACGAGUCCGUUUCUUGCAAACUCUGUGGAACAGUAGGCUACCUUUGUUUAGGUCUGUGACAAGGGAGCAAAGAAAAUAUGUGACAAUGUGUGGAAAAGGAUUUGCAGAGACGAGUGUCCCGGGAGCAGUUUCGAUUGCUUUGUUUAGCUGUUCGUCUGUUGUGGUAACCUUACUGUUCCAGACGCUAGGUCAUCGAAUGACUGUCGCUCUCGGAGUUUCGCUAUGCUGUCUGGGUCUUUUAAUAUCAUCAUUCGUCGAACGCAUUGUGGUGUUCUGCUUUACAUACGGGGUACUUUAUGGAUUUGGGUACAAUUUGUCUCACGUGACUAUUAUCGAUAUGAUCCUGAGGAAUUUUGAUAGGCGCAACGCAUCACGGGCCACGUGUACGGCAUUUUGUGGGGCAAGUGUAGGUGUCCUAUUGGCCCCGUGUUUGGAUUGGCUAUACUUGGAGUAUUCGUGGAGAGGUUCUUUGAGGAUUUUGUGUGUUUUGUACGCCAUCAUCGGGUAUCUAUCCGCUCUCGUAAUGGUAGAAAUGAACCCGGCGGUGGUGAAACACUCAGACGAAAAAGAAGAAAACUAUAUUACACAGGAGGCAGUACCUCAGACAUCUUUCAUAGCCAGGUGCAUUGAUGUCUUCAGAAGGCGAGACUUCUUAUUUGCUGCACCAGGUUGUUUAUUAGCUGCAACCGCAAUGUCUUUUACGUUCAUAGGAAUUGGCAGUUUCCUCGUCGAUGCGGGCAUGAGUAACCCUUCUAUUUCACUUACUCUAGCACUGAUGGGGUUAGCAGACCUAUGUGGAAGGAUUGGUAGCGCGAUAUUUUCUGAUAUUCUUCCUAUUUCAAGAACGCUACAAUACGGCGUUAUGAACUUCAUCGCUGCUGUUCCUUCAGUUUGUCUUCCAGUCAUAACGUCUUCAAAUGGUCGAAUGGCAGCGUUAAUCGAAACAAUUUGAUUCAAGAGACGAAAGAGAAUAACAAAAUAUUACUGUUUUCAGGAAAAGGACAACAUAUUCGUUAAAAUAAAUUGUAUGUACCGUAAUACUUUUAAAAAAUAUAAUUGUUUUUGUUUUCAUUACUCUUAUUGACAAAAUAUUGAUUCUUAGGACUUUGUUUUUUAAUUUACGAUACUUAGCUAAGAGGUCGCCUUGUUGUCCCAACGUCUUCAUCAAAAUGUCAUCAUUCUGACGAAUUAUGUUAAGAAUUUUACCAUUUAUCCAUUGCUCAGUACGAUUGUUUUCAAAGGAGCUACCUUGUUGAAUACAUUAAUGAAAAGGCCGGAAAAACACUGCCAUGCACUAUCUACAUCUGUGAAAGAAGAAAUAAUGGGCCCGUCUAUAAUUCAUGAAUA